GCAGAUCAUAGCUACAUCGAACCUGUAAAAUAAAGUGUGAGUACAACAAAUACAAAGUGUUGUUCACCAGCAUCACGACUCUACGCCAAAUCAUAAAAAGAUGUCCUCUAAAAUGGCUCAACCUCAACAAAAUCUUUACACUGCCGCCGAGGACGACACUACGGCAAGCAGCGACGCGGCAACCGCGUUUCGCAUCCGCGCAUUUGGUCAAGUGAAAAAAGAGCUAGAAUGCAACCUCCAAG